GAGAGGUGUUGCUGUUGCAGCAGAGCCUGGCGGUGUGGAGGAUGCAGGCGGAGCAGAGCCCAGCGCAGCCCCCGAGCGAGGCGCCGGGGCCCGGCGGUGCCGCCUGGGACCUCACGGACAGCACCCGGCUGCAGCACUUCCUGUGCUUCGGCUCCGAGGGCAGCGCCUACCACGUCAAGGAGCGCAAGCUGGGCUUUGAGAACGCCGAAGCUUUGCUGAGGCUCAUUGAAGAGGGCAGAGGCUGCCAAGUUGUGGAAGAAAUCAAAGCCUUUAGUCAAGAGGGCAGAGCGGCAAAACAGGAGCCCCUUCUCUUUGCCCUCGCCGUUUGCUCGCAGUGCUCUGAUGCCAAAACAAAACAAGCGGCGUUUAAAGCUGUCCCCGAGGUGUGUUGCAUACCAACCCAUCUCUUUACUUUCAUCCAGUUUAAAAAAGAUCUGAAGGAGGGCAUGAAAUGUGGCAUGUGGGGCCGUGCUCUGAGGAAAGCUGUUGCAGAUUGGUACAAUGGAAAGAAUGGCAUGGCUCUUGCUUUAGCAGUUACAAAAUAUAAGCAAAGAAGUGGUUGGUCUCAUAAAGAUCUUCUGAGGUUGUCCCACCUAAAACCUGCCAGUGAAGGAAUUGCUAUAGUCACUAAGUAUAUUACCAAGGGCUGGAAAGAUGUCCAAGAAGCUUAUAAAGAGAAAGCAGUUUCUGCUGAGACUGAAAAACUCUUGAAGUAUCUGGAGGCUGUGGAGAAAGUCAAACGCACAAAAGAUGAAUUGGAAGUUAUUCAUUUGAUAGAGGAGUAUGGUCUAGUUAGAGAGCACCUCCUGACAAACCAUCUGAAAUCUAAAGAGGUUUGGAAGGCAUUACUCAAGGAAAUGCCUAUUUCUGUAUUGUUGAGAAAUUUAGGGAAGCUGACAGCAAAUUCAGUGCUUGAACCACGAGGUUCAGAAGUGGCAAUAGUAUGUGAAAAACUGAGAAAUGAGAAACUGCUAAAAAAGGGUAGAAUACAUCCCUUCCAUAUCUUGGUUGCAUUAGAAACCUAUAAAGCUGGACAUGGAAACCGAGGGAAGCUUUGGUGGCGUCCUGAUCAAGACAUUUUAGAAGCUUUAGAUGCCUCAUUUUACAAAGCUUUCAAGACAGUGGAACCAACAGGAAAACGCAUUGUAGUUGCAGUUGAUGUUAGUGCAUCAAUGACACAAAAGGUUUUGGGCAGUGUGCUCAAUGCCAGCAUGGUUGCAGCAGUAAUGUGUAUGGUUGUGGCACGGACUGAGAAGGAUUCCCAAAUUGUUGCCUUUUCACAUGAAAUGGUCCCAUGUGCCGUGACGGCUGACAUGACCUUACCUCAAGUUUUAGUGAAAAUGUAUGAAAUUCCAGUGGGUACCACUGAUUGUUCCCUUCCAAUGAUAUGGGCUCAAAAAACUCAGACAGCUGCUGAUGUCUUCAUUGUAUUUACUGAUAAUGAGACCUUUGCUGGGAAUACUCCUCCUGCAGUGGCCCUUAGAGAGUACAGAGAGAAAAUGGGCAUUCCUGCAAAGCUGGUGGUUUGUGGCAUGACCUCCCACAGUUUCACGAUCGCAGACCCGGACGACAGAGGCAUGUUGGAUAUCUGUGGCUUCGACACAGGAGCUCUGGAUGUUCUUAGAAACUUCACUUUGGAUCUGAUUUAACAUUUGUAGGCAUCUGCUCUUCCCAGUGGGUCCAUUGCUGGCAACAGACUUCACCCUGGGAACUCCCAGCCAAAUAUACUUUAUUAGCUCAUGGCAUAUUGUAUACAUAUCAGAAUGUUACAGGAGGUGGUGGCACUUCAAGCAUCUCUGACUAGAGCUUCUCACUAAGGUGUUUGUAAGGUUGAAACAGAACUUCAGUCUCAUGCAAAUCUAACAGAGAAACUCAGUGCUGGCAUCUCUGGUGUCAAACUGUCAGUAGCCAGCGAUCCCUCUGCCAUUGGAGGUGGCAGCCACAUGUCACCGCUGUCACCCUGGGACUUGGUGCCAUGCAGCAGCACACUGUGCAUUUGGACACUCUUGGUAAUGGCUGGCAGUGCAGUCACAUCGCCCUUCAGAGUCCUGCAGCACAGCUGUAGCCCUGCUCCAUGCUCCUUUAGAAAGGCAUCUCCACUCCUCAGCCACCUUCCUGGUAUCCAGCACCCUCCUUUUCCCAAGGCAGUUGGUUUAUUCCUGUACACACACUCAAACUCUAGGUGGAUUCAUUCCCUGACCAGCCUGGGCUUUAUGUGAGCUGGAGCUCCAGAGGGCAUAAUUUUUGGUGUGAUAACCACAGGAACUGUGCUCUGAGUGCUGUGGGCCAGCACCAGCCACUCUGGAUCUGUCCCAGGGGUGAACAGGACCCCCUGUUAUGAUGGGCUGGUGGCAGGACCACAGUGUACUUCACAAACCCUUGCUCCCUGAGCUUCACCAAAGUCUUCCUGGCUAGCCUGGCCUGCAGCACAUCAAUCACCCCAUCCCUGUUGUCCUCAAGCUCCACAGCAUCCACUGCCUUGAGGAGAAGGGUGGUUUUGCCUGGGCCCAAGGAAACACCACCACAGCAAACACUUUGUGUCAGCAUGCUGGACCCUGCUCCUGCUCUCCACCAGUGCUGGAGUCAGCCCAGACACCAUCUUGGCCACAUCCACCUCCUCAGCAGGGUAAGUGAAGAGGACCACAGUGCUGUCCAGCUCCUCAUGGACUUUGGAGUUCGUCUGCUGCAGGUACCCCCUCUGCAGCAGCAGGCCCAGCACCUGCUGAGGAUGUGCUGCCUCCAUCAGCCCCAGGAGCAGGGCUGUACUGCAGGAUGUCCAGCUUCCUGUCCCCCAGGACUUCAGGAGCAGGUGGUCACCUCCAGGGCCCUGAGCACCACUUUGGAGUCACUGAGGAGGGUGUAGAGGGAGAUGAGGAGCCCCAGAGUUCAGACCUUCGCCUUUUAGGACUGACAAAGUCCCUUGCAAACACUCCUGAAUGGAAAGCGGUGCAGAAAGGCUGGACAUUGUUCAAGGAUCUUAAAAAAGGAGGAGCAGGCUGUCCCAUGUGCUGAGAGAUGAGCCAGUGGGGAAGAAGACUGGCCUCGUUGAACAGGGAGCUGUCACUGGAACUCAGGGAAAAAAGACCUUUGGAAAAGAGGCAGGAUGCUCUUGAGGACUACAAGGAUGUUGUUAGAUUAUGCAGGAAGGUUGGGAAAGUGAAACCCCAGCUAGAAAUUAAUUUGGCCACUGCUGAAAUAAAUAAUAAAAAGUGUUUUUACAAAUACAUCAGCCACAAAAGGAGAGCCAAGGAGAGAAUCUCCAUCCUUUAUUGCAGGUGAGGAGGACCAUUGCCACAAAGGAUGGAAAAAAGGCUGAGGUGCUUGAUGCCUUCUUUGCCUCAGUCUUUAAUAGUCAGACCAGCUGUCGUUGGGAAGACUGAGAGACAAGGAACAAAAUGAGGGCCCUGUAAUUCAGGAGGAAACAGUGACCUAAUCCUCCACUUAAGUGUUCAAAGGUCCCUGGAGUCUGAUGGAAUCCACCCAAGCUGCUCUCCACCAUUUAUUAUCAGUCCUGGCUAACCAGGGAGGUCUCAGGAUGCCUGGAGGUUGGCCAGUGUGACACCCAUUGGAAGGAGGAUGCAGGAAGCCACAGGCCUGUCAGCCUGCCCUCAGUGCCAGGGAGGGACGUGGAACAUCUGGAUCCCACAGCAUGUGCAGGACAGCCAGGGACCAGGCCCAGCCAGCAUGGCUUUGUGAAAGGCAGGUUCUGCCUGACCAACCUGAUCUCCUGCUUUGAAUGGUGACCUCCCUGGUGGCUGAGGUGGAGGCUGAGGCUGUGGCUGCCUGGGCUUCAGCAGAGCCUUGGACACUGUUUCUCUCCUGUCUGACAAGAUAGGAGCCUGUGGCUUGGACAGGUGCACUGUUUGCUGACUGAAAAACUGGCUGGAUGGCUGAACCACCACAGAGUGGUGGUGCCUGAGUCACAUCCUGCUGCUGGCUGGCCACCAGUGGUGCUCGCCAGGGCUCCCUGUUGGGGCCAGUCCUGCUCGGUAUCUUUAUGGCUGGUUUGGACAAGGGGAUCAAAAGCACCCUCAGUUUGCAGAUGGCACCAGGCUGAGUUGAUCUGCUGGAGGGCAGGAAGGCUCUGCAGAGGGAUCUGGACAGGCUGGGGCCAUGGAUUGAGUGUGGGCCCAAGUGCUGGGUCCUGCCUUUGGGUCACAGCAAUCCCAGUCAUGCUCCAGGCUGGGGCAGAGUGGCUGGGAAGCUGCCCCGUGGAAAAGGGGGUGCUGGUCAGGAGUGGGUGAACAGGAGCCAGCUGUGCCCAGCUGGGCAGCAAGGCCAGGGGCAUCCUGGCUGGCAUCAGAAAGAGGGGCAGCAGGAGCAGGGCAGGGCUUCUUUGGCUUGGCACUGGUGUGGCUGAACCUCAAAUCCUGUUUGCAGCCAAGAAUUGGAGCAGGCUGCCCAGGGAGGUGCUGCAAUCUCCUUCCCAAAACCACGUGGGUUUGGUGCUUAGGGACCUGGCUCUGUGGUGGACCUGGCAGUGUUGGGUUGAUGCUUGGACUCGAUCUUAAGAGCUCUUUUCCAACCCUCAUGGUUUUGUGAUUUUUAUUAACUUUUUGUGAAGGGAAAACAAGAAAAGCAGAUGAGGAAUCUCUUUUUUUAUUUUUCCUGUUGCACACAAUUUAGAAUAACAGUGAGAAGUUUGCUAAAAGGGGUUACAGGGUUACAUAGUGUAUAAUUUAAUUUCAUUUAUAGUAGACUAUAAAUAUGGAGAGAUUUUUAAUUUCCCCCAUUGCUGUGGAAUGCUUAUUUGCAAGAAUAAAUUCAUUAAUUACUUCUAGAAUGGAGCUGGAAGCAAAUGGGCUUAGUAUUUUUAAUAAUGGCAGUUUACCAGCAGCUUCAUUGAGAGAGAAUUUUCUUUGGGCUUUUUAAAAUCUUUGUAUUUUAAGUGUUAGUAAUGUUCAGUGGUUUCCAUGGCUAUGGUUAAAAUCUACAAAAGAAGUUUUUUCUGGUAUGUAUUGAGACCAUGUGACUGUGAUACAGUGUAAGUUACCCAGGGACAUUUUAUACUGCUAAAACUGAAAGUGCAAGAGCUCAUGCUAAUCUUUUUCUCUCUGGAUUAUCAUCUGGGUUUUCAGGAGGAAAUAUCUCUUUAGGUAAAUUGGGGGGCAGUUUCUGCACAAUACCAUUUCAGAAGCACUAGUUUAGAAUUAAAAAUACUUUACAGGGAGUUCUAAAAACUGUUUUUAGUAGAAAAAGACCUUGGAAAUGACUGGGAUGUCACAUUCAGUCCUUGUCACAACUUCAAGAAGCAUCAGCACACCUUCAGUGAGCAAGAUAACAAGUGCAUGUGUCUUGGCCUGCUCAGCAAAGCUGAGUGGGAGCAACCAGAAACAAAAGCUACAUUUUUUUUUUCAGAAGAAUGUAUUCAAUGACUCAGAAACAAUCUUCCUAACAGGAGAGUGCUUCAUUUUUAAAAAUCUUUUUGUAGGUUAGUGUUACUUCUGAUUUCAUCAAUUAAUUCAAGCUAACAUAUUUCAAAACUACCUCCAGUUUAUAGUGACCAAUUCUUAAAAACUUUUAUGAACUGUACAGUUGUCUCCUUCAUGUUCACAAAAUCAUGUUUAGGAAGUGAUUGAAACUGGAUUCUUAAUUUUUUAUUUUUAGUCUCAUUGUAAGAGUGUGACAAGGAGAAAGCCAGUGAGUAUUCUACCACUUUGGAACAGAAACUGAUAGCAGUUUGUGUGUAUAUGUAUUUAAUUCUGUGUUUUCUAUGUGUAUAGGGGGGAAGUUAAAAGAUCUCUUUAGUAGAUCAAUCUUACAAGAUCUGAAAGGUUUUUUAGUGAUGCUUUAAAAACUUCCUCUAAAACAUAGAUAUUUCAGCCUCUUUUAAGCUAAUACAGACUGUUUUAAACAGCAAAUUUUAUGUUAAUUUGAAAAUAAUUAUGAUUUAUAAAAAUAUCAUCUUUACCCAUAGUGGUAAAUGACACAUCAUACCAUAUUUUUCUGCCUAAAACCCAAGCUUUUAAAUGUAAAAUUGAAGUUCCUACUAUACCUUUGGUACUUGUAACACUUGUCAUUAUGCCUCAUUCCUAUUGAUGAUAAAUUCCAAGCUUGCAUUGUGUAGCUGGGAUAUCUCUUUUGGUGCUAAAAUAGGAUGUAACAUGUUACUGAAGGUAUUCUGCUACUUCCUUCCACUCUCCCUUAAUGCAUAAUGAAUCCAGAGAGGGAAGCCUUUCCUGACAUGGAGCAGGGCUGACAGAGCUGCUGGGUAGAGUGUUGCCUUUCAGCCAGCAUGAAUGUAAGUCACUCCUGAAUUCUCACUGCUCUCACAGAAUGCUUGGGGACACAGGACUGCCACCAGCUCCUCAGGUGAGUUCUAGAACAAACCAAGUGUUCCUACAAAAGCUGAGACACAGCACUUUGGGGUUUGCAAAAAGAAAAUCAGCCAUUUCUCAUGAAAAAUUGCAUAUCAUUUUUAGCAUCUAAACAAACACCAUGAGUAUGGGGAGUAAGCUCAUUUGCUCAAUACAUAUUAAUAAUUAUUUCCAGUAAAUGCACUGAUGUUUUGGGGUUGGGUUUGGUAGUAAUGCAUUUUAAAUGACACAAUAGUCAAAUAUCUGAUUGUUUCCUUCUAAGCUAGAGAUGUCAAGAAUAACUGAUAGAUGAGUAUCUUUUGCAAGUACUUUUUCUUAUUUGCAGUAGUAUUUGUGAAGUAAUAGGAAGUAUUUUGGACUAAAUAUAAAAUGAAAACUUAAAACAGGUGUUUCAAGUAACUUUCAAGUAAAUUUAUUGCAAAUAAAAAUUAGAGUAGUUACUAACAGAUUGAAUGUAUGGUUAUAGUGGUGUUACAUCUUUGGAAGCAGUCCAGUUGAAAAUGCAGUUCCUUGAACUAGAGUGUGGAGGUAAAGAUGAACUUUUCAGUAGGAGUGAUAGAAACUGUAGGUCCCUGUACCUGUUGACACUGAAUAGCUGUGAGCAAUGAUAAAAGGUUGUCAUCCCUGCUGGGGUACAGAAUGUGCUCCUGAACAUGUGUAGUAACUCUGGACUGAAAACCUGGUCAGUGGUUUAUGAGAUGUAAAACCAGUACUGGUCAGACCAUGUUGCCGUCUGCUCCUCCUUCAGGAUUUGCACAGGGAGGGGAAACUGAAGUAAAUGCUGACAGCUGCAAUUUUGUACUAUGUGGACCUUUCUUUCUGGGAGUUUCUUUCUGGUUUUGCUAUUCUCUUCUAUUAAGGGGCAUAGAAGAAUGAUGCUGCAAAUUCCUUGUCCAUAGACUGGAUAUUUUUUAUCUGCCCAUACACUGAAUUUUAGGGGACAGCAUCUAGUCUUUAGUUACUAAACUGAUAAUUCCCGAAACAACUCUAGACAUGUAAAGAGGUAAUAAUUACUGUAAUGCUUGAAAAAGAAUUUAAAAAGUGAGUUAAGACAAAAUUGAUACACUUAAGCUUCAGAUCAGUGUACAAUAAACAACCUACUCUUUCACCAAAAAGGAGACUUUCAAAUCAGUAGUGGUCAUUGCACUGGAGGAACACUGACUGGAAAAGCAGAAAAGGGACUAUAAUUGUGCACUGCAGUUUACCAGUAAGCAUUGAGCAGGGACAAGUUUAAAGCUAGUUAAUUUUAUUCAAAAUGCUGAAUGAGAAAAGGUCUAAAUGCAGAGUGCAGCUGUAGACCAGGGAAAUGCAUGUUUCCUAAAAAUGCAGGUUUUCCUGGUUUCUUGAUUGCUAAGUUACUGGUUUCAGUUUGACUGCCAUUUCUCUGUGACCCCCUUGACAAUUCUGGAGCUUAGACUAUGGUAUUGAACACUGUAAUGUGUUUACUUUAGCUUUAAGAAAGAAGAAAAGCAUGUUGUGGUUGGAAGCACAGCAGAAGUGAAACAUCCUCUUGUGAGGAGUGAACAUCCAGGGUCAGGUUUCUUCUUGGAAGGGACACAAUAAAUGACAUGGAGAGGGCAGGAGGCUCUCGAGUUUUUAAAAAUAACGCAGUGAUCUCAUCAGCAUUGAGUAAUACAUUCAAUAAUGACAGUAAUAGUUUUACCAAGAAAUAGAAUUUCGUGUCAGGAAUUUUAGACCUGGAGCAAGGAGUAGGAGAGUUUGAGGUGCUUGUAGAAUUAGAUUGCAGUCCUCUGUUUCAAAAAGAUGUCUGAGGGUAGGUGUAGUUCUGAGGUCAGCAGGGCCAGUCUAAAUGCCCACUGUGUGAGGGCUGCUAAUAACUGGCACUAAAAUACCUUGCUGCUGAAAACCACUGCUAAACCUGUUUGUCAAACACAAGUCUUCAGGAGGUUUAUGCUGGUUUUUCACAUUGCUGUUGUUAACUGAUGCCCAUAGACAAGUAUGCCUUUAAAAGGCUGUUCAACAAAGUAUAUUCUUGGCUUAAAAACACACCAGCAGUUUGGGAAAUGUAUUUUAAUAAUGGCUCUGACUGUAAAAACACUAGGAAGAUCUUUGUCUGCAUUGCAAAUACUGCUUACCCUGUCCUGAGCUCACAGGAACAGAGGCUUUUGUUUUGGUUCCAUUUAUUUUGUUUCUUCUUCUUUUGCUGUCCCCUUUUCUCUGUUAGUGUUGGUUAUUUUUCUCCUUUCCUGUCUUGUCACCUCAGACCUAUACUUGAAUCUUUUUUCACAAGCUCUCAUCCAUUCCUUUUUCUUUUAUUUUUGCCUCUAUUCUUCUGCCUUCUUGCUGUCACUUGAGUGUGCUUGCUUAGCUCCCUGCCCCAGAACUGAUGGCAUAGUAUUUCAUGUUUCUAAUAAUGAAUACUUUUUGCUAUUCUUUAAUUAUAUAAAUCUUUUACAAAAUAGCUAAUUUGUUGUAUCUGUCAGAUUUUUGGUAAAACUGAGUGUAAAAAUCAGUUACAAAAGUAUACUUUGUUUAUUACAAAAAUCCAUCAUCUGCCUGUGAAUGGCUUUAUUUGAAAAAAGUAACAAUUACAAUUGGCUCUUCAAAUGUAAAGUUUUUUUCUAGAAGUACUUCAGUGAUUUGAAACUUUUCAUUCUUUUAAAUAGUAUCAAGCUGCUGUCAUGCAAAAUUAUGAAAACUUUAAAAUUAAUAUUCUGGAUAAACAGGCAAUUUCUUUGCAAUAUUGACAAGAGAAAGUCUUGAAAGAAUAGACUAUAGAAGUAAACCUAAGUAAAGAAUCAUUUGUGUUUGAAUCAUGAGUUUCUUGUGCUUUUAACCCUUUUAUUUAGUUUCUAUGAAAUUCCACCAGUUUCUAGGUUUAUUUUGCUGUCUGCAGUGGUUUGCAGUGCACAGAAAGGCUGCUGUAAGCAGCUGCUAUAAUGACUUUCUUGCUGGUAGAGAUUUCAUCUUACCGUGACACUGGGGGGUGUGCAAAUGGCUGAGCAAGAGUUCUGGGGAAAAGGUGAAACACUGACCAGGACAGUGUUUUAUGGAUAUGCUGCCCUGAGGGAAAUCAUAACAGAUAAGCUAAUUUCAGCAGAAGGUGUGGUGUCUUUAAAUAUGUGUGCUUACAUAUCUGGAUUUAUGAUUCUGAUACUGCAAAGCGUGGUUUCUUUAGGUAUUUCUGCAUUCUGAAUUUAAGUUUAAAUGUAUAUAUAUUUGCAUAUAUAUGUGGUAUGUUAAGAACUUUUACAAAUGCUUCAUUAACAAAUAAUGAAUAUAAGUAGCUGUUUUCCUAAUGCUACCAGCUUAAGAGUUAAGCACAACUAGUUACAAAUAAAAUGUCUUUUCAUUCUCCUGUAAAAGUGCAGUUCUAAUCCUUAAAAAUAAUUCUGUAUUUAAGAAGCAACACAUGUGCACAUUCACAGCUCUGUGUGCUUCAUUAAAUAAUUCAGUGUUUGUUUCCAGCUUCUUCUGCUUCUUAGAAGCUUGGGAGUUAAGAUGGAUAAGCAGGUAUCCAGAUCUUCUACUGGAUUAAUUUCAAUAUUUAGAUCCCAGGACAAGCAUAUUUUAAGAGAAACAACUUUGUCUUGGAGACAAUGCUAGGGAAAAAAGAUGGAAAUUUUUAAUGACUAUUCUUGAGGUUCUUAAUUUUGGUUGGGUGUUCCCCCCCCCGGAUUAGAACCACACUUUAACUGCCAUAUCAUGUUUAAUUAACUUAAGCAUAACAUGGCUUUGUGCCAUCCAGUAACAAAGGCACUGUCUUGCUGCUACUUUCUGUGAAAUUGUACACAAUGAAAAAAACUGUUUGGAUGGGGAGCCUUAAUAUGGUUAAAAAGAAACAUAAUUAACCCUUUGGGUGCCUUAAGCUAGAUCCUGUUUAAUGAUGGGGCACUCACUUGCAUCUACAGGCACAGCUUGUUUCAAUGGCUGCAAGAGAAUUUGCCUUAAGUGACAAUGCCCUGGGACUUCCACAACUUGGAACUCAAAGGGUUACUUUAGACUACUGGUUAAAAAAACAAGCCUCUAAACAGGGAACAAAAUGAAAAGGUCUUUGAAAAAUUCCUUUGCAUACUAUUGUUGUUAUUUUUACGUGAUGGGUUUAUCAGCUUUGGGGACAAAAUUGUUGUUAAGCUUCUGGUAAAAACAUCACUGGCUGAAGAAUUGUACACAGAGCAUAAGAAUACUUGGUAUUCUUAUAUGACUGUAUGUGCAAAAUAAAUUGCUUUAUUAAGUGUAAAUUCAGAGAGAGAUGCACAUCUGUGUGUUUACCUUGAUGACUGUGUCCUAGCACCACACAGGAAACUGCAAUAAUUAAAAUGAAACAAGGUCAGUGUGUUGAAUUAGCUGAUUACAUAUUAAAGAUGCACAAUGCAGACAAUUGCAUACUAAAGACUUUCUACAAAUGAUGCAGUUUAAACUGAGUUCAAACCUGCAUCACAAAAAUGAAGCUGUCAAGUUUAAGUGAUAUUCUUGCUGUCCUAGUUAGCUGGAAUUAAAGAUUGAUUUUUUUUUUUCCUUGAGGGAAAAAGUAGUUUAGGUACAUGCAGUGCUGAAAGCAAUGGAAAUAACAGGAUUCUUAAUUGACAAAAAGUGAGUAAAAAUUAAUUGACUAAUGUUUUUAUUCUAAUAUGUGCACCUUUAGUUGUGCAAUGGUCCCUUUAACUGAAGAGUGGGAUAUAAUUUUCUACUUGCAUAUGAACUACUUUGAAAUAACCAAGAGUCUUGGCAUUGCCUGGUCUGGCUUUGGAUGUACAUUGUACUGAAACUAUGGAAUUUUAGUCAUUUCUGUUAGACAUUUAACUGAAAGUUAAAAUGGCUAGUAAACUGCAUUCUGGCUGUAGAAUUUAAGUACUAAAUAAACUCUAUGCAUAUUAGA